CACUGAUGACACUCUCAGCCAUUGAUAAAGUGUUGCUAGUCCACCUCUACCGAGUCAAAUGGAAUUGGGUUUUGCCCAUUGUAUUCAUGCAUCAGAGGUAUAAACAUAUGCAAGUGAAAUGGGAUACCCUGAGAAGGUUUUGAUACAGCUAAAGCUUUUUUAGAAAAAGUGCUUCAAACUAAAAAAUAAUCAAAUGGACAAGGUACAUGUGUUGUGAAAUGGCAUUUCAUGUACUGCAUAACAUGCUUAACUUGUAUCCUUGCAAGACAUAGAGAAAUAGAACAAAAUGAUUAAGAAAAAUAAAUAAGAUUCAUCUGUUCUGAGUUUUGUAUUGGGCAAUGUUGCUGUAGAGAGUGUGUAUAUAUUCUCAGCUUGCAUAACUCAUAGGUUUGGUUGGUGGAUCUGGUCAUACAUUUGCUGAAGUGUCUCAUGAAUACAUUACUAGCAAGGCAUACAUACCUUCACAGCUUAAUAGACGUUUCUACUCAGUUACAUGUAGUUCAGAACUCCCCAACCCUGCAAGCCACAGAAGUACAUGUAACAGUUGAACACUAUCCACAGCCACAUGACGUAAGGUAAUAUGUAGUAGUACAUGAUGCCACAGUAAAGGGAAACUCCAGUUUAACGAUAACCCGGGUCUAUUUUUGGAUAAUAACGAGUGCACAUUUUUGUUUGGGACCAAAACAAUGUCAGUUGUUGCAGUUUUGAGCUAGACUGAAAGAGUCAGUGUAUUUACAACUGAAUAGCACAUGGCUUAGCUUUCGGGGGCAACUUUGCUACAUCAAAAAAUAAUUGCUUUUUUGAGCCGUUAAAUUGGUCACCACCAUCUUGCAAGAGUUGGUGCAAGACGAUUACCAAAUGAGGCACAAGCUAAUAUCAAUGGAGAAAACAGGAGGAGAGUUUGGUAAUCAACUUGUACAGAUUAUCUCCUCACAAGAUGGCGACCUAGAGAAAAGCAAGUGGGACCUGGUGUGUGAGAAUGAAUACAAAGAGCCUCUGGCCUCGUCCAUCUACUUCCUGGGUGUACUGGUGGGGACGUUUAUCUCUGGGCAACUCUCGGACAGGUAUGGACGGCGGCCUGUGCUCUUUGCCACCAUGACAAUGCAGACGUUGACCAUCUUUGCCCAGAUCUUCUCCCCCAGCUGGGAGGCCUUCAGCACCAUCUUCUUCUUCAUUGGCUUCAGCGGUUUCUCCAACUACGUCGUUGGCUAUGUGCUCGGCUCGGAGAUCUUGAGCCCAGCUACGCGUGUGGUGUUCUGCUCCCUGGGGGUGUUCAUGGCGUCCGGGGUGGGGCAGAUGCUCCUGCCCCUGUUUGCCUACUUCCUGCGGGACUGGAGACUCCUGAUCAUGCCCAUGGCGGCUUCAGGGCUCCUCUACAUCCCCCUGUGGUGGCUGAUUCCCGAGUCGCCCCGCUGGCUUCUGUCCCAGGGGAGAGUGGAGGAGGCUGAGGCCAUACUGAGAAAUGCGGCCAGGAUGAACAAAGUCACCGUGCCCCAGGUCAUCUUCACACCCGAUGAGAUCGAGGAAGCCCAGGCGAAUAAGGAGAAGAAAUACAACAUUCUGGACAUCCUAAGGAGAUGCAACGCAGUGGUCCUCAUCCUCGUCUGCUCCAUCCUCUGGAUCGUCAUCACCAUGUCUUACUACGCUCUGCUGCUGAACACCACCAACCUGCACGGUGAUCCGUAUUUCAACUUCUUCCUGUCGGCUGUCGUGGAGCUCCCGGCGUACGUAGGGGCCAUGCUGCUGCUGAAGUUUUGCCCGCGCCGCAUCUGCCAGUCCUCCACUCUCUUUCUGGGCGGCGCCGUCAUCCUCCUCACCCAACUCGUGCCCGGAGAUCUUCCAGGUGUAGCCAUUUUCCUGGAGAUGGUGGGCAAGUUCGGCAUCACCAUGGCGUUCUGCGUGGUCUACGCCGUGACCUCUGAACUCUUCCCCACCGUGGUAAGGAACAUGGCGAUGGGAACCUGCUCCAUGGCCGCUCGCAUCGGAACCAUAAUCUCUCCGUUCAUCAUUUACCUGGGAAAUUAUUAUAAGUAUCUCCCCUACCUCUUCAUUGGGGGUUUGGCUGUGUUCUCAGGCAUGCUCUGUUUCGUUCUGCCUGAGACGUUUGGAAAGGUCCUGCCGGAUAACAUCACUGAGAUGCAGACGGUCCGAGGGUUGGGUAAACCAAAGGGAACAUUGAUGGAAUCAAAGGGAACAGUGAUGGAAUCCUGCACCAAGGAGACUUGUGAUGUAAUAAAGGAAGCCAAACUGUAAAACUCUCCAUUCUACGGCUCUGUUCUACUGCAGAGAGCCUGCCAGCAGGGACCUCAGCUGGAUAUAGGGGGGGGUCAAAAUCCCUCUUUAUGCAGAGGCAGCAACUGUUCCAUUCAAGUCUACAGUAUGGUCAUAGCUCAAAAUGUCACCACAUAUGCUAAGAUCUUGGUUCUAUAGAGUUAAGAAUGUGAAUUAUGUGCACGUUUUCAUGAUCCUCAUACCUUUCUGACAUUUUUAGCAUUUUUGAGCAUUCCAGUCUGGAGAAAAUUGAUCUUAUAUCAGGUGUGCGCCUGUUAUUUUUUCUGCUGCUGUUGGCUAAUUGCUACGUACGCCCAUCAAUACCUCAACGACACACCUCUUUAUGCAGACAGGACUCGAUCCUCAUUUUACGCCAUAGCCAUGAACUACGACAAGCUGUCUUGCUCCGCCUAUAUAAUCUUUGGUCGAACUCUCUAUCUACGGCUCUGUUCUACUGUAAGCUGCAGUGACAUCUACUGACCUUAAGAUGCUAUUGCAUCGGUUUGUACCAAGGUUGGAUGAAAAGUUUCUAUAGUUUAUUUAAAUUGAACAUGCAAAGGUCAAAGGUAUUGCAUAGGAAAGAGUAGUAUAUGAAUGUUGAAAGAAUGUAGAUGCAGUGCUACAAUGUAUAUUUGUGUGUGUGUGUGUGAAAUAUUCCUAAUAAAUAGUAAUGGAACGUAAAGAAAUAA